AUGGUGCAGAGCAUGCAAGUAUGCCACGAAGAAAAAAUUCAGAGGUGCAUACAUCAGGCGCUCAUUAAUACAGGCCGUACCCGGACAGCACGUCGGUUAGACGGCGAUCAUGUGCUGCAUAACUGGAGCGAUGAGGACUGCGUGAAGAUCCUCACGCAAUGUAGACAGGCCAUUUCCCAUGGAGCCAAAGCUGGCAAGGUGAUAAUCAUUGAUACCGUCGUUGGAUCACCCUCACACCAAAUGCUUGAAGCCCAGGUCACCAUGGAUUUGGCCAUGAUGAUGUUAUUUAAUGGUAAAGCAAGGGAGGAGCACAACUGGCAUAAGAUGUUCAUGGAAGCCGGAUUUAGUCACUACAAAAUUCACAAUGUCUUGGGAAUGCGGUCCCUCAUCGACGUCCACCCGUAG